CCGAAGAUUGAGGAAUUCGAGAAAAAAAUUUUAGCCUCUGUGGAGUGUUGAUUUUCAGUAUCCAAAUCCUGGGAUUUAAAACCAACUAAAGCAUAGAUUUCCGCUCUACCUGCGUUAAGAGAGGUUGUUAAGACGUAUUAAAGGAUUUACUCUAGCGUGAAAAUGGCAAUCAAUGUUGAACAUGUUGAAAACUCUUUUACUUGGGAAACAUUUGAAAAUGGACUGCCGUACUUGGGAACCUUCAAAUUGGAAAUACCAGGUCGAGUCAAAAUGAUGACGCAAAAAUUAGACCUGACGAACUGGGUGAAGAUUGAUCGAACUUAUGCUUCUCAACAGCGAGAAAAACAAAGAUUACUGCAAACUAAAAAGGACAAGGUGUUCGUCACGAACAAAGAUCCAUCAACAAUAUCGGCAAAGCAGGAACUGUUGGAGUUAUUAUGUGAUUACUUACCAAAACGAUUUCCAGACAAGUUUGAGGCACGAGAGCAAGGAGUUUACAACAAGAUGCUUGAUGAAUUUGUUUCAUCAAAUGCUGACGAGAACGACGACCCACUUUUUAAGGCCUCGCGUCUGACACAGGAAGACUGGUGCAUAAUGGAAUGGAAAGAAGAACACCAGGCUUACUGUCUGACUGCAGGUACGGUAUUUUUCCCCAUGCGUUGGGGUCUUCAACAGAAGUUCAACCUUCCCAUGAAGAGUAUUCAUCAGCCUGUGAAAGGUUUCAUCAACCAUCUCGUUCCAAAAGUUUACGAUCUCUUCAAAGCGAUGUCACCAGAUGCGCCGGUAUAUCGUGGCAACUGGGCUAUAUUUCAUGAUCUGGAUGGUCCUCUUGAUCUGUACACGCCAACGGGACAUGACGAUCGUAAUAAUGAAAACAGUGAUUACUUAUAUCAAGGGGAGAAGACUGGUCGCGAUCUCACGUUUCGUGCAGAAUAUCAAACGUUAAGGAAACUCGAGAAAAGCACCGCAAUCGUGUUCAGCAUACGUACCUAUCAGAUGUACUUGGAGGAUUUUAAGAAAUUUCCUCGUAGAGAAACAGAAAUUUUAAUUAAAGCGAUCGAGAACUUGCAUCCGGAUUUUGUGCUGUACAAAGCUAUGCCAUUUUGGAAAGAUGCUGCGCUCAAGUAUUUGAAGGGAGACGUGCUUGGUAGUGAAGCUACAUACGGAAGGUGGAAGGAUAUUGCAUUGAUCGUGGGUAGCGGUGUGACUGUCCUUGGUGUUGCACUUCUUGUAGCCUGGAAGUACAGACGGUUAACUACGGCUGGUACCGUAUAGAUUCCAUAAGACCACGACUUUGGAAGACUUUAUCACUGAGUUACAUGACGUCUGAGAAUGUAUCGCGGGCCUACAACCAAGUCGUCACUCACGUUUAGUAAUUUUUCUAUUAAAGUGCCCAUGUCAUAAAAUUGGAAUUUAUCUCAUUAGAAUCGCCGUGAAACGUAGAUUACGAAAAUAGUAAUCACAUUUGAAAUUGAGUUUGUUUUCGCGGAGAAAUAAAGCGAUAAAGUUUGAAAAUUUCAAAUUUUAACGGCAAAAGUUUUUGAAAUCCGCGACAGUCGGAAACUGGUAACUAACACGUCACAAUAGGAACUCGCAUAUUGCGCCUUUAGAUAAAUAAUAGUAUGUAGUACAAGAGCAGCGAUUUUAUGCCAGCUAAAUUCGGUUAUUAAACUUGGCAGAAAUAUGUCUUCAUCAAGUUUAGCUAUUGAGAAUAUACCAAAGGAAUGACACCGAUCAGAAUGUUUUCCUGCCAAUGCAAUGCCAAGAAAAAACAAAAGUUAAGACCAUGAACGCGGCUCAGCCUUGUCAGGCAGUAAGAACACUUCGGACCAUACAUUAACGAACCAGAUGCCGAUGAUAAGCUGAAAAGCUAUCGCGAAAUGGAGCAAUCGUGCAACGAUCAUGGCAUCGAAACUACAACGAAGACUUGAUCGUAGGCGUCAGUAAAUAGCAAAUGUUUUCUUAUUAUCUUGAUUGCGCGACUUGCUUUCCGUGACCCCAGAACAUAAUAUCAUUACGCUAGAUAUACAGUAUUUAAUUACAAAUAGAUUCUAUGGUAGUAAUCUGGCAAUUGUACUUACCGUAAAUGAUCUAAUAAACGCCCGGGGCGUUUAAUAAAUUUUACCAGUUCUAAGGGAGGCGUUUAAUAGAUACGAGGCGUUUAAUAGAGAGAGGCGUUUAUUUCAUUUCUAUCACUUUACUGAAACAAAACAAAACAAAACUAAGACGCGCAGUUUGCUCGCGUAAUAAGACUUUAUAUAGUUUCUGAGCCGAAAACGUGAAGUGGGUCUUGUUGUUCCUGGAUGUUUUCAAGCUAGAACAAACCGAAAGAAAGUUGCCGACGUAAUGAAUACAGAAAUCAAAAGAAUUAAGGAGCGAUAUCCGUACUUUGAGCUUGAAAUCGAACAAGAGAUUAUAAGCAAACCACUCUUAAACACGACAACCGCACAUGUCACUAAAUAAAUAAAUUCUUUAAUGUUACUGUGUGUAGCGUUUCCUUUAUAAUUGCUUUAAGCCUUAAGGCGAUUUGGGGGGGAGGGUCUAUUAGACUUGGGGCGUUUAUUAGAGAGAGGCGUCUAAUACAAACUUACACUUCAAGGGGGGCGUUUAUUUGAUACGAGGCGUUUAUUUGAUAGGGGGCGUUUAUUGGAUCAUUUACGGUAACUUAAUUCUAAAGUUUCGUCCUAGUUGAUCGUCAUUCGUAAUUGCGCACAUACAGUUCACCCGGGUGUAGAUAAAAGGCGGACGCGGACCCCUAAUACAUUUUACUGCCCUAUAUAAAUGUUAUAUUAAUAGCAUUAUGAUUGAGGUUUUCCUGUGGCUCAUGAGUGCCGGUAUUUCUACAAUGUGUUUAUGUGUAGUUAAAUCACGCAUGCCUGUGUGAUUCUCUGGUUUAUUUUCAUUACAAAUCAACUGAGCUAGAGUAUGAGUGGAGUUCCCAUGCCCUUUCAAAAAAAAUAGUUCAAUGAGAGACUUAGAGUUAUCAAUAUUAACUGAGAAAUCUAACACGUCUCGCGCAAAAGAAACAUAUCAAAUCAUGUGUAUAUAAAUAUAACCCAGUACAUUUCGCUUUUAUUAUGGCAUCUUUUUUACCAACAUUCUUUAGCUGUCUUUACUAAAAUGUGCGCACUCGCAUCUUUUGAGACGUUAUUUACUUCGGUAAAUCCUUUAUCUGUUAACUUAAACACUGCCUAACGUGUUUACAACACAGUGACUCAAUUGGCCAUGACUCAUGGCGUAUUUGCAAUUAUUGCACGACUGUUGCUAGGAACGUACAAUUAUUAAAGCCAUUUCACAACACAUUUUGAUAAUAUAUGAGUCACUUUAUACAGAAUUGUCUGUUAAGUAAGAACAACCACUUUUUUGCGCAGUUAGCCUCUACUUAUUACUCUAUGCAAUAGAGUUACUAAAUUGUCGCGUCGAACGAGUUCCUAUUGUGACGUCAAACACCUUGUUUCGCACCAGUCUCAUUUGCGCGGUUUUCAGAGUUUUCAUUCCACCAAAAUCAAUGUUUAGAUGGCAAUAACUCGAAAAAUAAAAAUCCAAUUUCAGUUUUGAUUUAGAACUUACUAACUCAUUUCAAACAAAGAUUCUAAAAA